AUGGCUGAUGCCCAGACUGCUUUCAUCAGCCCUGGUCUGCAGUGCCAGCAGCAGCCUCUGUGCUCGAGUACAAGGCAGGCAAACCGGACCGGUGUGCUCUGCUGCAUGAAAGGGCUGUGGCUGUCACCACCCUUAGAGCUGGAGGUAUUUCCGGCUUUGGAAGAUGACCUAGCAAUUGACGCUCCUUUUGAAACUGAACUCGAAGAAAUGGCCAGUGACAUACUUCUCUGCAAUUGCAUACGUUUCAUUGGCAGACCUCCUUUCUAUGAGGCAAAACGUAUAGCGUGUACGGAGAAACAUCACCUAGAUUUGGGAGAUAAAGCGAUGUUGGGCAGCAUGGCAUCUAUCAUUCCAGAAAGGAAGGAUACACAUCACAGUAUUCGUCAAAGUUUGGAUUCCCAUGAUAAUGUGGAAUUCGAAGCUGCAAUAUUUGCUGCUGCCAAUUUUUCUGCACAAAAUCUUGGCAAGGGCUCUUUUGUGAAAGCUUUUAUUGUUAAAGCACAGUGUUUGGUAGUUCAAUUGAGUUUAAUUUGUAAUGAUUUUCCUGUUGUAUUUAUCUCACCUAAUACUUCGUCUUUUCUCUACAGGGAUUUUGCUGCUGGCAUAUGUAAUAAAAUCAGUGAGAUGAUACAAGGUUUGGCCACACCUGUGGACUUGAAGUUGAUCCCUAUUCUACAGCACAUGCAUCAUGAUGCUAGCCUGGCCUCCAGCUCCCGGCAGCUGCUCCAGCAGCCGGUAACAUCAUAUCCCUCUACCAAGAUGGUCACUGUUACUCUGCACACCUUUACUCUGCUUGCUGCUGCUUCUUUGGUUGACAUUCCUAAGCAGAUCCAGCUUUUGUUGCAGUACUUAAAGAAUGACCCCAGGAAGGCUGUGAAGAGGCUUGCAAUCCAAGAUUUAAAGUUGUUGGCCAAUAAGACACUACAUACGUGAGAAAAUAUUCAGGCACUCUGUGAAUCUGCUCUUCACACUCCUUAUGACAGCUUGAAGCUGGGCAUGCUCUCUGUUCUUUCCGUGUUACUGGGGACCACUGCCAUUAAACAGUACUUCAGCACUGCCCCAGGAGCAGCAGCUACAACUGCGAGGUCAUUUGAUUUAGUAAAACUGGCACAGGAGUGCUGUUACCAUAAUAACCGUGGCAUUGCAGCUCAUGGUGUGAGAAUUCUGACUAAUAUAUCAGCCUCUUGUCAGGAAAAAGAUCUUCUGCCUUUGGAGCAAGGUGCAGUUUUUGGCUUAGAAGCUCUUCUUGUUCUUUGUAGUCAAGAUGACAGUCCAGGAGCUCAGGCAGCCUUAAAGGUGAUAUUACUGUUGUCAUCCCCUAGCACAGCUAUCACGUUAACUUGCAUGGUGAAGCUGGUCAAGUGCCGUCCUCACCUGAGCCAGUCAGUAGUUGAAUCCCUGCUGACCCAGCUACACAGCGCCCAGGAUGCUGCCAGGAUUCUCAUGUGCCAUUGCUUAGCAGCUAUUGCCAUGCAGCUGCCUGUCCUAGCAGAUGGGAUGCUAGGAGACCUGAUGGACCUCUAUAAAUUAAUUGGACAAUCUGCCACAGAUAAAAAACAGGAACUCUUGGUUUCUCUCGCCACAGUGAUAUUUGUUUCCAGCCAGAAAGCUUUAUCUUCAGAAAUGAAAACUGUUAUCAAACAGCAGCUGGAGAAUGCCUCCAAUGGGUGGACCGCCUACAGGAUAGCUAGGCAGGCUUCCAGAAUGGGCAACCGUGACAUGGCCAGAGAACUGUAUCAAAGCCUGCUCACUCAAGUGGCAUCAGAACACUUCUACUUCUGGCUGAACAGCUUGAAGGAGUUCUCCCAUGCAGAACAGUGUCUGACAGGUCUGCAGGAGGACAACUACAGUUCGGCAUUGUCUUGCAUUGCUGAAGCUUUAAAAUCCUAUCACAAAGAAAUAGCAUCACUGAUG